GCAGAACUCUUCCUUCUCACUUGAUGAUGAGUUUGAUUUGUUCCAUCCACACUUUCCUUCAGACCCCUGCUCGAACUCAUUACCGCCCUAUUUACACCCUCUUAUUAGCCCAUACACGAUGCCCAGUUUUGCCGCACGAUCUGUCGGAACAUCUCAAGCGUUCACCGAGAGGCCCCAGAAACGGCUUAAGACUGAGAGCUGCAGCUCCCCGUGUGCAACAGAGCACAAAACGAUGACUUGCAACGCGGCUAUGUUGCCGGCUCCAUCUCCGUCUCCUGAUUCCCGCUUGAUAUCUUUCGGGAACCCUGAUUCAUCUCCAGCCAUAUCCGAUCGGCUCUAUGGCACUUUUGAAGUCCAAGAUUGUGAGGGACCAAAGAUGAAAAGCGCCAGCCCAAUGAGCAGGACACCGGCACACGCACAAGAGCACGUGCUAGCUGAAAGGAAGCGCCGCGAGAAGAUCACUGAGCGUUUCAUCGCACUCUCAGCUGUCAUUCCGAACCUUAGCAAGAUGGACAAGGCUUCCAUCCUCGAGGAUGCCAUCAAGUACUUGAAAGAGCUUCAACAACGCGUCAAGGCGCUUGAGGAGGAGGUGGCAACUAAGACUGUGGAGUCCGUCAUCGUGGUGAAGAAGUCCGAACUUGCUGCAGCCGACAACAUGUCUUCUUUGUCCGACGGGAACUCCUGCAAUCAAAUUGACCAGCAACUCUCGCUUCCGGAAAUUGAGGCACGAGUCUCUGGAAAGUGUGUCCUCAUCAAAAUCCACUGCGAGAAGCGUAAUGGUUUUAUAUCAAAAUUGAUCGGCGAAAUAGAGAAAUUGAACCUAACUGUCGAGAACAGCUGCGUCAUGCCCUUUGGGAGUUCCUUUCUAGAUGUUACCAUCUUAGCUCAGAUGGACGUGGGAUUCAGCUUGAACGUGAGGGAUCUCGCGAAGAUUCUGCGUCAAGCUCUUCUGGAUUUCAUGUGAUCUCCAGCGAAACUCUCAUCUCAUCAGGAGCUGGCGACCAACAACUUACCAUACCCUAAUAAUCACACCCGCUCAUUUCAUUUCCUUUUUCCUUUGGGUUCAAAGUGUUUGAGAUCUCUGAGGAGAAAGAAAGGUGCCCACGAAUCACUCUCUCUCUCUCUCUCUCUCUGUUCAGACCCCACCAAACUCUUUUGCGAACGCCAAAACAUUGGCUUUGGCUUUUUAGUCUGGAGUCACCAUUACUUUGCAGGUCGGUUUUUUCCCCUUAUUUUUCGCGUGGUUGACCAGUUGACCACUUUCUAAAUACCCACGUGCUGUAUAAGAAGAGUCUCCAGGAAAUUUUUCAAGAGGGGUUUCGUGGAGAGAUCUGACUUCUCAAGAUGAGACCCCUCUCGUUCUCUCUCGCUCUCUAUCAAACUUGCUUGUGCACGUAGCUUUCUUGGGGAGGAAAAAGCUGGCACUUAACUUGUUUUGCAUAAGUUUCAAGUCGUCUCAAGAGAUGCUCUUUGUAUUUUAGUGUGGUUCUAGGAGUCGAAUCCUUGUGAUAUACUCGUCUGUCCACAUUUGAAUGUGAAUCCAAGAUCAGCAUCUCUUCUGUUGCUAAGAGCAUUAUUUUUCUUAUUUUAUUUAUUUAUCUA